AUGUCUACCAACAAGUCCAACGAGAAACCGAUCAAAAUGGCCAUGUCCCUCGAAGGGGCCAAGUCUGUCAAGAUUGAAGAGGAUGAUGCCAUCAUUUUCACCAUGGAGCACGGCCCUCCCAUCGAACUCAGGUUUGUGAUGCCGUCUGUCCACAACGAUCAACAAGCCCCCUACGAAACACCAAUGGCAAAGUCUGGGCCGGGAGCCAAGCCCAAGGUUGGAUUCUUCAGUCCAGAGAGUACCAAAACCGCCAAGAGCAACAAGAGCGACGUUCACAUGGCGUCUCCUCCUCCCUUCAUGUCUCCUGCCGACAGCAGCAUGGGAUCGCCCUCUCCAUUCAAACAGACCGGAGGUCCUCGCGUUUACGAUGCCUAUGACCAGGGCUUGACUCAAGAGACUACUCUCCUCGACACUGAUUCGCUCUGCUUGGAUUGCGAAGAAAACCCCAAGAAGUCAGUCUCUGAGAUGCUUGCUGCCUUUGAUCUUGAUGAGUAA